AUGGAUAACCUGGGUGGCCCCAGUAGCAAACGCAAGAUUGAAGUUAUUGAUAUCACCGACGCCGACGACGACGCCUACAAUCCGAGCCCCACAAGGCUCCGCAAAGCCGCGGCUACCAUCACGCCCGAAUCACAAGUUGAGUACGACAAUGAAGCCGAACAAGCGUCCGGCCAAGAGGCAGACGACGAGGUGGAGCAAUAUGGAAUCAUAGACGUUAAAAUCGUGGGUACCAGAUACUAUGAUGGUAUUGCGACUAUGGGAGAACAGGUUCUCUUGAAGCGGGAGCCUGGUAAUCCGUUCGAUAGGAACGCAAUCCAGGUUGAUAAUGUCUCCGGCGCUACGAUUGGCCACCUCCCCAGCUGGAUGGCUGCGCACCUGGUCCCGCUGGUCGACAAAAACAUAAUCCAGAUUGAAGGAAUUAUCGUCGGAAAGAAGACCAAGUAUAACAUGCCCAUUCGCAUGGGAGUCUACAUCAGCUCCGACCCAACUCGCCGAGAAGAAAAUAUCCGGCAAAUCGAAAUGGCCGCGAUUCCCAACAUUCUUGUUACCCAUGCUGGAAUGGGCAACAUGACACGUGACUCAGUAGGACAGGCAGGGCCCUCGAACCCAACUGGUAUCGUUGGUGCGGGCAGAGCACCGCCAAUGUUGGGGUUGCCGGACCAUAAUCUGCCAGUAAUCAUUGGCCUCGGAGAUAUGUUCCAGGCCGCCGAAACACAAGCCAUGUCCGAGCAGACGCUCUCCGAACUUCCUUCUGCGUCGCAGCCUCGAAGACUUGAAACCUUCCUGCUGCCGUACCAGCUGCAAGGCCUUGCAUGGCUGCUGAAGAAGGAGCACCCAGUGCUCCCCACCUCACCCAAGGAAAUCGUCCAGAUGUGGUCCGUCUCGGGCCGGUCAAAGAAGCUGUACCAGAACGUUGCUACGAUGUUUACAACCGAGGCGCCGCCGUUCCUGGCGAGCGGCGGUGUGCUGGCGGACGAUAUGGGGCUCGGCAAAACACUGCAGAUGAUCUCACUCAUCGUAACUAAUCCCACAGAUGAGCGAAAGCUGGUGCCGGCUCCGCUGGAGAUGGUCGGGUGCACGGGUGGGACACUGAUUGUGGCCCCGCUCAGCGUCAUGAGCAACUGGGCGAACCAGAUUACGCAGCAUGUCUCGAAGUGGUCGCCGUUAAAGGUUUAUGUCUACCACGGGCAGGGGAGAUCGAGGCCUAGUUUGAAGGAUUAUGAUGUCGUGAUUACUAGUUACGGCACCAUCACGUCCGAGUUCAACGCCAGGAACGGCAACCUCAACUCAUUAGUGUGGCGACGCAUCAUCCUCGACGAAGCCCACUACAUACGAAACCCGAAAUCCAAGUCGAGUCUCGCCGUCUCCGCCCUUGACGCCAAAAGCCGCUGGUGCCUCACUGGCACCCCGAUCAUCAACAACCUCAAGGACCUCUACUCCCUCGUCCGCUUCCUGCGCUACUCCGGCGGCCUCUCCGACCUCAGCGUCUACAACAGCGUCAUCACCCGCGCCAUGAAGCGCAACCUCGCCGGCGACAAGGAGCGCCUCCAGGCACUCGUCACCGCGCUCUGCCUCCGCCGCACAAAGGCAAUGGCCUUCAUCGACCUGCGCCUGCCCAGUCUGACCAAGCACGUCUACGCCGUCACCUUCUCGCCCGAGGAGAAGGCGAAAUACGAGCUCCUCUCCAAGGAGGCCUCCGGCCUCCUCCGCAGAUACAGCGUCGACGACUCCGGCCAGGAGGUCUACCGCUUCAUCCUGGAGCUGCUGCUCCGCAUGCGCCAGGUGUGCAACCACUGGAUGCUGUGUAGCGAGAGAAUCAAGAGCCUGAUGCACCUAUCGGGGAAGAGGCUGGUGGAUCUAACGCCGGAGAAUAGAGCGGCGCUGCAGGAUAUAUUGCAGAUUGCAAUCGACUCGCAGGAAGACUGUGCGGUCUGUUUGGACGCCCUGCAUGAGCCGAGAAUCACCAUAUGCAAGCAUGUCUUUGGACUGGAGUGUAUCACGAAGGUCAUUGAGGUGCAGCAGAAAUGCCCGCUGUGUAGAGCGGUCCUAUUGACGCCUGAGUCGUCGCUCGUUGAGCCGGCGGCCGAAGACGCGAUCAAGGAGGCCCCGGUUGAAGAGACCGAGCAUAUCGGCUCUAAACUCGAGGCCCUGUUGACCAUCCUAAACAACACCCGCAACGCCGACCCAUCCGUCAAGACCGUCGUCUUCUCACAGUGGACCAGCUAUCUGACCCUCCUCGAGCCGCAGCUGCGCGCCCACAAGUUCCACUUCGCCCGCAUCGACGGGUCCAUGAGGCCUCGCUCCCGCGACGACGCUAUCGACGCCCUCAACAACGACCCCAAAUGCACGAUCCUCCUCGCCUCGCUCGCCGUCGCCUCCGUCGGGCUCAACCUCACCGCCGCGAGCCAGGUCGUGCUGUGCGAUAGCUGGUGGGCCCCGGCCAUCGAGGACCAGGCCGUUGAUAGAGUGUAUAGGCUUGGCCAGAAGAGGGAGUGUGUGGUGUGGCGCUUGAUUGUGGAGGGCACGAUCGAGGAGAGGGUGCUGGACAUUCAGGAGAGGAAGAGGAAUUUGGUGAAGACGGCGUUUGCGGAGAGGAAGAGGGAUGCGAGGGAGACGAGGGAGGCGCGGAUUGCGGAGUUGAAGGUGCUGCUGGCGUAG